AUGCCGAAUAAAACGGAUUUGGAGGAGGAGAUGCGUAUGUUGGUUUCCCUGCAUCUACUACAAGACAACGGAAGCAUCUUUAGUGCAUUCUCGGAGUUAGCCAAGCUAACGCGCUUCGUCGCGUACUGCUUUCGGUUUCGGAACAACUGCAAGCUUCCGAAAGAUCAACGCGUGUUGUCCCCGCUGUCGCCUCAAGAAGUGGACUGUGCGCUGAAAUCAUUAGUUCGCCUCGCCCAGCGCCAGGAAUUCCCAACAGAAGUUAAACUACACAGUCAAAAGCAGACCGAGAACACAGUCAGAGUCGCAUCGAAGUCGGCACUACAAAACCUGAACAUAUUCAUGGACGAUUUCGGACUACUGCGGAUGGACGGAAGAUUGAAAAACUUAAACGCACCGUUCGACACUCGCUUUCCGAUUAUGCUUCCAGCUAAACAUAGUCUGAGCAUCCUCAUCGCCAGGUCAGUUCACCUUCAGACACUUCACGGUGGACCGUCGCUUGUGCUCGCUACCAUCCGUCAACGAUUCUGGUCACUCCGGGGUCGCGAGUUGGCUCGUAAGGUCUUUCGACGAUGCGUCACCUGCUUCCGGUGCAAUCCUACAACAGGAAAUCAGAUUAUGGCACCUUAUCCGUCGUUUCGCCUCAGACCAGCUCGAGCUUUUACGUACUCGGGAAUGGAUUACUGGGGCCGUUUCUCGUUCGUCCGUUAA